GGUUUGUUAUAGACGUUAUAGUUUUCCAUUUUGCGUUGGUUUUCGUGAAGUGCAUUUGUGCUAAAAGCAUUUUUAUGUAGUAUUGAAGCAUUAGAAUUAAACAAAAAUGGAGAAAAGAAAGGAAUCUUUAAGUGACAAAAAACUGUGUAGAUUUUGUUUAACUCAGGACUCAUCAUUGACCAGUUUAUAUGAUCGAAGUCGGGACCCCAUAUUGGUGACCCUUCCUUUGAAAAUUAUGGCAUGCGUUUCUAUAGAGGUAUUUCCAUCAGAUAAAAUGCCCUCCUACAUCUGCGAGCGCUGCAGGGUCUUCAUGGACAUUUGCUAUGACUUCAAACAAAUUUGUCGGCGGGCCGAUGAGUCGUGCCUUCAGUUUGUCCAAAAUGGGGUCCCUAUCAGUUCUGUCAAUUGGCCUUCUCCACUUAUGAAGAUAUUUCAACUGACGAAAAGAACAGCGUCUAGGACAAUUAACACUGUAGUAGAAGGAGGAGCGACAAUCGCAGUUACAUCUCAAGAUAUGUUCGAAAAUGAUAAUGAAGAUGAAGAGACAUUCAACAUAAAGAUUAAUGCUUCUCGUGAUGGAUCCGAGCGUAUCAAAGUAACACCUAGUGGAGACAAAGAAAGUGCAUCUGUUAAAAAAGCAGGAUUUACGUCCGUGUCUAAAUUAUCACGGCACGUGAGGGCACACGCCGGCGACCGGGCGUACCCGUGCAAAUACUGCAACAAGAGCUUCGUAAAGUCGCAUCAUUACACCAGGCAUCUCCGCUUGAAACACGAGGAGCUGGUGCGGCAAGCGCUCGGGCGCGGCGACGAUGCGGAGUUCCGGUGCAAGCAGUGCACCGAGAGCUUCCGCACUCAGGACGAGCUGUACUACCAUUCUGCCAUCCACGCCACGCAGAACCUCACGUGCCCGCUCUGCCAGGAGAAGUUCGAGAACGUGGACGCCGUCACCACGCACAUCAGGACCCACGUCAAUGGAAUAGAGUUCAUGUGCGACUACUGCGAGUUGGUGUUCACGUCGAAGGAGAAGCUGGACGCGCACAUGAGCGCGGCGCACGACGACGAAGCUUGGCCUGGCAAGGAGAUGGAUGAGUCGUCGCUGGAGGCGGACGCGAUGGACGCGGACGUCGACGAUGACGACGAUGACAACGGACUCAAUGUUAAAGAGGAAGGCGACCACAUGGUGGUAGAAAUAAAGAAAGCGGAUGGCUAUAUGCUCAAGAAAAAAAUUGAAGUUGGACAAAUCAUUACUACUAACUCAUCAGGUUCAGGUGUGAGUGUGUACACAGACAGCGACGCGGUGGAGGGCGCGGAGGCGCCGCGCGAGCCCGCCUGGCGCCCGCCGCCCGCCACCAAGUCCGAGGCCACCUCCUCGCGCCUGCCCGCCGCCGACGAGAAGAUAAGCAUUUUGCGCAAGGCUGAGGCAAUGAAACGCAAGGCAGGUGUAAAAGAAGAAUCUGUUGUCCCCCAGAAGAAAGAGAGGGCCGCGAAGGUUGACAGCACCACCAACAACGCCGGCUCCAGCGACAAGUCUCUCCGCAUUCUGGAGAAGGAAUUACAAGAGCUCAAAAGGACAACUACAAGAGUAGAAGGCAAGCCGACAAAAGCAGGGGAAGUGAAGAGCAAACGGCAACCCGUUCAUACCUCCACACCAAAACUAAGAUCUGGCGACGACAAGAAAGCACAAGCUACGCCCAAGCUUACGACAUCAGUGGAAAAGAAGCCCGCGGAGCGCCGCAUUCUCAACAAGGAGCCUAAGGAGGCCGUGGCCAAGAACGCUGUCACGAGCUCGAAGGACGAGAAGAACGUCUCCAGCACCAAGGACGACAAAACCGUCGGGGACCGCGACGAACCCGCCAAGGACAACAGUGACAAGAAGACAAGCAGGGAAGAUGAAAACCCGCCCGAGAAAACCAAAGUGACCGACAAGAAUAUAGCCCAGAAAGAAGACAAAGGCGCCAGUAAAGAGGCCAAGGGUAAAGUUACGAAGGAGGACGUACCUAGCUCCAGCAAAAACGAAGCUAGCUCCAGCACCAAGACCGAAAAGAGCGCUCCCGCCAAGAGCGAAGACAAGACCGUCAAGAACGGCGACACGAGCGGCUCUGAAGACAGCUCAGUGCGUCGGUCAACUAGACCAUCGAAAAUUAAGAACUAUGCCAGCAUGAUCCGGGACAGAACACGAAUUAUUCGAGACGCGGAUGAUGAUGAAGAAGUUUCGGAUAUGGAAGAGGAAUUCGUUGGACCAGAGCCUGAUAGUCAAGAGUCGCCCGCGCGCAAGAGUCUGCCGAAGCGGCAAAAGUCGGCGACUCCCGCCCCCGCCACCGCCCCCGCCUCCUCCGCCGCCGCCGCCGCGAGCACGCCGGCCGCCACACCCGUCGCGCGGCGACGAGGGCGCCCGCGCAAGGACGCGACUCCAAAGGAAAGCUGUGAGGACGCAGAAGUAGACCCCCCAACGGUCAAGGAACCCGAGAAGAAACCAGAGGAACCCACCAAAGAACCUGAAGUUACGAAUAAUGAGAUUCCUACAGAACCCCAAACCACUCCGGUACAGGCAACGACGCCGCCAGCGAGCGCCGAGCCGCAAGCGAAUACUCUAAUGUCACCCACCGGACAACCAUUGAAAAAAGUGCCUGUAAAAGCCUUACCACCGGGAGUUAAGCCUUUGCCGCUGCCACUUAAUGCCAGACCAGGUGACCUGUGUCAAAUGCAAAUUGGAAAGAAAAUGGUGAAGGUGCAGAAGAUCGUUAUGACCAAGGCGGAAGUGGAAGCGAUGGCCAAGAAAGGGCUGUUGGAGUUAAAGGACGGGACCAUGGUGCUGAAGCAGGGCAUCAAGCUGCCGGGCGGCGAGCCGGCUGUCCUCCGGUCAGGGCUGGUUAGCCAAGGAGGUGAGUGACGCGCGAUUCGAAAAGUGUCAGCCACUCCAACGCGGUGUAAUUUUGAAGCCGACGAAGGAUAAUAACUUCUCUAAAAGAUCGAAAUAAUUAAUGUCUUCUUAAGCGUAUCAUCAGCUCUAGCAAAGAAUUACUGUGUAUCUACUCUACUACCACUCUCGAUGUGAUUCUAAAUAAUGAAUUUGCAUCUUAUUAGGUUAGACGCUUAGAUUAUGUUACUUUAUAUAAUAAUUAGUUAAGUUUACGGAAGUAUUUUUGUUUAAAAAUACCCUUUUAGACUGUGUGAAUCUUAUUUUGAAGAACGUAUUUGAACAAGAAUGUUUUAUACGUGUAAUUAUGUACGCUAAAUGUUAAAUACUAAAUAACAUAAUCAAGAACCGUAAAGAUCUUAUAUACUUGUGGAAGAUCAUUAUUACUACUACACACAUGAUUUCUUAUAGAAUAACUUAUGCAUCAUCAAGUAAUCUCACGGCUACUUUUUAAUGACACGACUUAUGGUUCAGUAUUUAUUGCAUUAUUUAGUUCUUUUCGUUUUGCGAUAGUAAUGCGGUUGUUCAUGUUGACACUUGGACAGUUUUCGUGAACAGAGCCUCUAAAAUCGAAAUCGCCUGCCAUUAAAAUCGAAUUCUCGUUAUCUGCCUUUCUACCGCUCUAAGAGCGAUAGAGAGGCAGAUAACGUAUUUUCCUUGCUCGCAGUAGGAUUUCAAUCAUAAUAUAGAUCGAUAUAAUCGGCUAUUUUUAAUUAUGAUUUUUUAUAAAUAUGUCGACUAAGUUAUACCGAUACAUAUACGAGUACCUUGAUGGUCUCAACAGAAAAUAAGUAAUGUUCAUCAGUAGGGAUGAUGACACAUGUUGAAUUUUAUUACAAAAUCUAGUAACAUAGAUAGCAAAUGAGCAAUUUAUCACAAAAAAAUAUUGUAAGGCAAUAUACAUAAACGCAAUAUUUCACCGACAAAAACGCAAUUUUUUUAUGUUGUCCAUACAUUCAAAAUGGGCUCUCAGUGAACUUUGGUGAACUUGACGUCACGUUCACUUAUCGUUUUGUUAGAAGCGUUUCGCGAGUGAAGUACGACUGUCGGGCUUAGACUAUCAUUUCUGACUUUUGUAUUGCUUUAAUGCAAUGGGUCCCAUAUAGACAUUUGAUCCUAAAAAUAACACUGAUCGAUUGAUAUCAUUAAUAAAAAUUUGUCAUCUAGCCUAUUGUUGUAAGUACAAGUCUUUCAAGCGGCAAUAUACUUGCGCUCGCAAGCAGACAGCGCCCCGGCCUCGUCUCGUGAGGCCCCGCGCCGCUAAAUGUCAUUUAUAUUAUUAAUAAAUAUUAUGAUUAUGUUGUCUGUAAUCGAGUAAACUAAGGAUGAUCCAUAUUAAUGCAAAAUACCUAAUUAUUUAAAUUAAUGUGAAACAUGUAAUAUUUUUGUUUUGUACUUUAUAUUAUGUACAUUCAUUUGUUUAGAUAGAGUUAGACCAAGAAAAGUAUGCAGCAAUUUUGAUAGCAUACGCAGUGCAGGUGUUAUUUUAAACGUCAAACGUCUAUGAAAUUAUGACGUAUAAAUAGCACUUGCACUGCGUGUGCUAUCAAAAUCGCUGCAGACUUUUUUUGGUGUAACUCUAGUAAG